GCCCGUAAUCUGCUACGUGCAAUCCGAAACGCUUCUCUCAUUCUCCACUUGUACGAUCGAUAUUGCGUCCGCAGACUCCGCACCAGUUGUUGCAGACCUCGCAGUUUUUCGCACUCGUGAAGCGUAAAGACGGCAUGAUGUUUUUGACUUAUAGUAAAGAACGCCUUGGAGUGUGGGGUUGAAAUCUGCGGAAUAACUUGCGGAAGGGAAGAAAACGACACUCCCUCUCUCUCCUCUCUCUCUGUCUCUCGAUUCAUUAUUUCUUCUCGGAGACUUUGAAGAAGAGGCAAAGAGAAUUGCAGAGAACUUUCAGAGUUGUGCUCUCGGACAUUAAGCUCAUGAGUCAUGACUUCUUCAAUCCAUGAGCUUUCUGAUAAAAUUGGAAGUCAUGAGAAGCAAGAACAGAUAGAUUCUCAAAUCCAAAUCCAACCUCCAGGAAGUAAUCCUGAACCAAUUGCCACAGCCUUAGUCUACUCGGAACACCUUCCUCACUCCAUGGCGCCUGGACACUAUCCAUAUCCAGAUCCUUACUACAGAAGCAUAUUUGCACCGCCUUGUGACACACAGGCUUACCCUCCACGACCUUAUGCAGGGGUGCAUCUACAGUUAAUGGGAAUGCAGCAACAAGGUGUUCCUUUACCAUCUGAUGUAGUCGAGGAGCCUGUUUUUGUCAACGCAAAGCAAUACCACGGGAUACUAAGGCGCAGACAAUCUAGAGCAAAGCUCGAAUCUCAGAAUAAAGUUGUCAAGUCACGUAAGCCGUAUUUGCAUGAAUCUCGUCAUUUACAUGCGAUAAGACGGCCAAGAGGAUGUGGCGGCCGGUUUCUCAAUGCCAAGAAGGAAGGUGAGCGUCACGAAGACAGCCGUGAAGGAAAUUCCAACCUUAGCUCUGAUAAAUCCGCCGUGGCUGCGUCUAGUGGUACAUCUUGAGAAAAGGUCGUCCAUACUACUUUAGCUUUGUUGCAUUUUGGCUCUCUUUGGUCUCAGAUCAUCAUCGUCUUUAGUGUUAUUAUAUACAAAUCUUUGUAGAAAUGUAUAGGUUCUUGGGAGGAAUUAGGUGAAACGUCAAGUGGGGUUUUUUUAGACUUUGUGAUUAAAAGAAUAAAACCCACGAGGAGGUAUGCGGAAUAAAGAAAUGUCAUGAAGUUUUAGUAAAGAAAUAAAUAAUGCUACUGAUAUUGUUUUGUUGUGAGAAAUUUUGGUAAUAAAACGAAGAAUCCUGUAUUUUCCUCCAUGUAUUUGAUUAAAGAAGAAAAUUAAAC